AUGUCCGAAGAUAACGAUUCAGCUACCCACAGUGAAAGCGAGUCUACCAUUGAAGAGUUGGAGGUGGGUGGAGUCAUCAGAAUUCUUGAGCAAGCCGCAGAAGAUGCUGUGGAACUGAAAGAUUGGCUUCUGUAUUCCACCGUCCUUGAUUAUUAUCUUUCUGACCGCGAGAAAUACACCACGAAAGAGCAAGAACAGCUCUUGAACAGCUUGGCACAAUCGUUGUCCAACCAUAAGGAUCUUGUUUACCAUGCUGGUUGGGAUAUUCCUGGGUUAUUGAUAGGGUAUAUCGAUCAGGACAGAGUGAGUGCACCAUUGCGAACGUUACCAUGUCUUCUGCAAAUUAUGAAGUGCUUUGAAACCUUGGCAUUACAGGGAAAUCACAAGGAAUUGCUUUUGAAAGGCUGUGAGUUGUUAACUUCUAUUAAAGUUGAAGACCAUACUUAUAUUGAUGAGGUACUGGAAAAGAAUUCGUACUACCAAAUCAAAGUGCAUUGUCUCAUCGAAUUGAUCAAUUCGAGCUUGCGCAACAUCCAGACUCUUUACCCUUCUCGUUUCUUGGCCAUGGCUGUCACUGCUCUUUUUAAUGUGAUUGAAUAUUGCAAGGAUGAACCGGUGCUUCGUACUUUCUUGAUGAAACGUGCUUAUAGUUUUGCCCGUGAUUAUUCGGCCCCAACCCUCGUUGAUGUUCCUGAUCUCAGCGAGGAGGAGCUCAACAAGAUCAAAGAAGAUGAAGCUUACUUACAGAGAAAGCUUUUGCGUGGGUUCGUUACCCAAUUCAUUUGCAUUUUGUCCACCAAAUUUCCCUUCGAAAUGAGCAGUGAUUACGCAUCUUACUUGGCUUCUGGAGACAGGCUGAACGAUGACUGGUUUCAUAUUCAUCAAUCCUACCCUGCUUACGGUCGUACAUCUGAAUUGGUGCUUGCAUUUGACAUUGAUUUGCAACAAAAACUCGAUGCAUACGUAACUUCCUCGCACGAACUUUUCCAAGGUUUCGACUACAAAGAAGACCAAGACGAGUUGACUGCCAAAAUUUUUCUGGUUAUUCUCAAAGACCACGAAACUAAUGCUUCUAAUACCAUGUUGGAUGGCAGUGGAGAGAAACUUACCGACUCUAUUGACGGUUGCUUAUUGCUUUAUAGCUACCUUCAAUGUGCCCGCAAUUCCUGUGAUGAGAUAAACUUGACAUUUAAUGAUGUCCUCGUUUGCACUUUAAGGCUGGUUGUUCCGGCAAUGUUAAACCCAGUCUACUUGAAUUGUGGUCUUCAAGAUAUGGUUGUAUUCUGGGCAUGGGUAGCAUUGAACAAGCUGCAAGAUGGAGUCAAGCUGCUAAAGUUGGAGAUAUCUACAAUCUCCUCUACGUUGCUCAAGAUAUACUAUCAGUGUCUCUUAUUUAUCACCCUUACUCAAUGGCAGAUAAGUGGUGUUCGUUCGGCAACUUUAACCUUGUUCACCAAGCUUUUGACCCAUACACACGAAAAUAUUGCCUAUGAAUUCAUCCAUGAUACCUUGGAGAACUUUCCUCACGAAUCGAUCAAGGGUGCAGUCAUUGGAGUUCUUAAAGAAUUGAUGACUAAAGAACGAACGUCGUCGAUGAACGAAGAACUUGACCUCUCUAAAUUGGAUGUCAAGGAUAAGAAAGGACCACAGCUACCUCCUCGUGCAGUGAAAGUCACCAACAAAUACCUUGCGUUGACCAAUGAACGGGCGUCUGAUUUGCUCAAGUUGGUAGAUACCACAGUGGACAAGACAAUAGUUAACAAGCGUUUAAACCAGGAAACAUUUGGUACGUUGGUGGCAUACCUCAAUCUUCUCGUUGCGUUGAAGCGAGAGUUGAAAGAUAAUGCAGAAUUUGAAAAAUUGGUCAAGAAAACAACUCAAUUGGUGGAUUCGGCCGAAAAGGAGAUUAGAGAUGAAAAGGAGUCCAGAGGUCUUACUGAGAAGAAUGCAGUUGGCAUUUUACGAGUUAGCCUUGACAGACUCAAUGUAUAA